CGAGAGGUCUCGGAGAAGCGGCGCCGGCCUGCGCCCUUUGUCCUCUGGAGCCCGAGGCCCCCAGCCCGCCCCCAACACCCGCGGGGUCUGCUGCGAAGCGGCCAGCGGGCUGCUGGGGCCUCUCACUCGAUGUGGAAGGAAGGCGCUCUCUGUGCGUGCGCAGGUUUCAAGACAACACUGGGAUGCGGCGUGGCUGUGGCUGUGGCUGACCCCCGGCUGAAGAGUGGGCCGGGGGGCCCUCCUAACUGGGGCCCUGCUCCUUCGGCCCCCAUCCUGCCCAGCGACUCUGAGAAGUUUCCUUUACGAUUAAUACCGGGGAGUUCGGAGAUGCUUGCUUUUUGCCCAUGGUGGUGAGCCGAUGCCGGGCCUCCUUUCCCAGGUGGAGGUACAAUGCCACGAGCCAGGCGUGCGAGAAGUUCAUCUAUGGCGGCUGCAGAAGCAACAGCAACAACUUCCUCACAAGGGAGCAUUGCCUACAGGCCUGUGCGGCAGGCGGAGACCAGAAGGCAACCGAGAUCCCGCUGCCCAGCGAGGGAGGGACAGCGCUUUCCAGCACCAAGGAGCAGUGCACUGCGUCCAAAGAGACUGGCCUCUGCCGAGCCGCCUUCCGGCGUUGGUAUUUUGACACUGAGACCCGAUCCUGCAAGAUGUUCAUCUAUGGUGGCUGUGGAGGCAACGCAAACAACUAUGAGCUCGAGGAAGCCUGCCUGCGACAGUGUGCCGGGAAGAGAGAGAGCUCUGAAGACCUGGAGGGGCCGAGCGCACCCCCCCGCUUCUUCCCCGACUCCACCCGAGCGGUGGUGCUUGCUGUGCUCCUGGCCAUCAUGGCCGCUCUCCUACUGGGGUCCACGGUGGUCUUCUGUGUCAAGCUCUGCAGGAAGAGCCAGGAGCUCUCGCUGGGGACUGUGUGGAGCACGCUGGACGACAAGGAGUACCUGAUGAGCAGCAACGCCCACACGCUCUGAGAGUGCAAGGCGGCCACGCACACUCUCUGCCCUCCUGCAAACAGGAAAUGUAUGCACGCGCUCUCUUGCUUGCUCUCUCUAGGAUCGUGCUUGGCUCACCAUAAAUCUCUCCCGGGGAGGGGCGCUCUCUCUCCCCCAUGACACCGGCCUCUGUCCAAGCUUGCUCUUCUUUCUCUCUAAGCACAGCCAUGUAGAAUGCGCCCUCCAGCGGCCUCUGGGAGCAGAACGGGAGCCUCUGGCCACACCUUCCUGGGAUAGUUCGGCGGUGGGGGGACGGGACCCCAGGGUAGCUCAGAACCCUGCCUGAUGGGAUGCUGGUGGUGGGGGGGGGCCUGCUCUUCUUUCCCCACGGCACAGCCUACAAGUAGGCUGCCGGCUGCACUUGCCCUGCUUGGGGGCAGAGGUGCCGGUCCCGGCUUCUGGGAUCCCAAGGGCCACCCACCCCCCUGUUGCGGGGCCUCCCCCUGCCUGGGCUGCCAGCCACCAGCAGAGCUCCAGGGUCUGCUUGAGGAUGUGUCACGAGGGCCCGACUGGUCAGGCUGUGAGGCUCCAUCCAGAGGAGCAAUGUGAAGGUCUGGGAGGAAAAGGGGGGUGGGGUGGGGUUUUGCUCUUUCAGGAAAAUACUUCGCCCCCCCCCCCGCUGUGUGUGCGUGUAUGACAGCAAGGUUCUGCUUCAGAUGGGCCUUAGAGUUGUGCUCAGCCCCCUCUUGCUGUGCGGGGGGGGGGUACGGAGGGUGCUGCGGCAGCGGCUGCUGCUUCCAAGGAGAGUCCAACCAGUUCCUUCUGGCAGACAUGGGGCGGGGGGGGGGCUGCGUCGUGAAGGGAGCUUUGUUUGGCCCCACAGCACAGGAGGUUUUGGUUCAGGGCAAAGAGGAGACGCUGGGAAGGAGCCCGCCUACUCCGAGGAGACUCUGCGGAUCACUUGCCCCCACUGCGAGGGCCAGACACCUACACUCCAGCAGCCAGCUGGGGGGCCCUGAAGAGGGCCGUGAGCACAAUUUUCCAUGCGGGCCUUGGUUUAUUGGCAGGGAGUCUCCACCUCCACCGGAGCUCCCGCAGGCCAGCCUCUGCCGGGUUUCUCUUCGAGGAACAGAUGUGAUGCUUUCCGCUGGCUGAUGCUUGCAGCUCACUGCACAUGCAAGCAACUGAGGCAGCUUCUCUGCCCCGCCUGCACUCCUUGGGGCAGCUCCUUGUCCAAAUUCUGCUUCAGGAGAGGCUCGAAAACUCCGGCUCCAGCACAGCCCCCCCCCUCCUGGCCCUCACUUCCGCUCACCCCCCCCCCCCAAUCCCUGACAGCAGGCUUCCUCUGCCCACAGCCCCCCUUGCAGGGAAAAUGCACAUCCCAUUUCAGGCCCAGAGCUUCUUGGGCCACCCUUAUGCACUCCUCAGCAGCACCAGCCCUCUGGCUUCCAAGGGGCAGUGGGGCCACAUCUCCCCCCCCCCCCACAUCCCCAGUGAGGGCAGUGUGCGAGCCUCUUCUCCCCCUACUUCAGCAAGGGACUACUUUGUAGGAACACAGUGAAUUUUUAUACUCUUGGUCUUUUUAAAAAAAUGAAACUUGAUUGUGUUAAAUCUUUUAUGGCAAUUGUCUUUUUAAUAUUGAAAUGCCUUUCAAUAAAACAUAAAUUUAAAUUUUAAA